GACAUCUCACCUCAAUCAAUAAACGUCCUUCCUACACAUUGACUGUCACAACGUUCGUCUCACCGCAUCGCCAAGUUGAACACCAUCGGUGGAGGUUGCAUGCUUCCGCGGUGGAGACUAGUGCCGGGAAUAGCUUCAUUGGAGCGGUGCUGCUUCCGCACGCUUCACACGGCACCAAACAGCCUUCGUUUCGUUAGCCCACGAGCUCGUGUCGAAGAUGGCGUUAUCAUACUGUUCAUGCUCUUCCCCUCCUUCUGUCGUUCCUCCUGCACGCUCACUGACGGAAUCGAGGCGGAACCGUCACGUCGACAGCUAUCGGCAAUUACUAGUCUGCCGACCGAGGCCACCGAGGUACAUCGUAUCGUAAAGCAGGGACCGGAUAACAAACGACUGCCGGAAAAGGGAGCGUGAUCCAUGCGUGCGGCUCAAAAUCUUUCCAAAUCUGCACCCUGUAUCUCUGAAUGAAGCAUGCCGGCAUCAAGAGCCUCUUCGCCUGAACGGGCGGCCGAACUGCCGACCACGCACAUCGGAAGCCGUGCCGAGAAAGAGAAGGAGUCGGAGAUUGGGCCAGACAUGUCGAUUCACGAAAGUUCUGACGACUCCGAGUCGAUACACUCGCACGCUUCGACGGCUCCCACUAUUCCUCAAGAUGAGAAGAAUGCACGACCUGCCACGCUGAGUCGGACGACAUCCGUUGCCCCAGACGCUGUCGUCGUGCCAAAGUCGGAACGCCGAGGCCUGCUCGCGCGAUUUGCUCUGAUCCCUGAAGUCGAGAACCCAUAUCACUACUCACGGAAGACGAAAUGGCUCUUGACUUCCAUCAUCGCGUUCUGCGCCAUGGCCGGGCCUAUGGGGAGUGCCAUCGUAAUGCCGGUGCUGCAGGACAUCGCCAAGGCGUUCGAUGCGGAUCCUGAGAUCACCAACAUGAGUGUCGCGGUGUAUAUGCUCAGCAUGGCGAUCUUCCCGCUGUGGUGGUCGAGUUUCAGCGAGCGCCUUGGGAGACGGACGAUCUACAUCACCAGCUUCAUCUUGUUCGUUGUCUUCGGCAUUUUGUCUGCCGUUGCUACGAAUAUCGCCAUGCUCAUCACCAUGCGAGUCUUCUCGGGUGGCGCAGCAGCGUCAGUGCAGGCAGUUGGCGCGGGCACGAUCGCAGAUAUCUGGGAGGUGCGUGAGCGAGGCCGAGCGAUGGGUAUCUUCUACCUUGGACCUCUCUGUGGACCGCUGUUCGCUCCUAUCAUCGGUGGUGCGCUAGGCCAAGGGCUUGGGUGGAGGAGUACGCAGUGGUUUCUGGUCAUCUAUGGUGUUUUGACAGUCGUCGCCAUCAUCUUUGCGCUGCCGGAAACGCUCGCGAAGCCGCUUGUCGUCAAGUCAGAGGCGCGCCCGGAGCUCACUCGAACGACCACACGCGCCUCGACUGUCGCGAAGACAAAGUCGAUCCUCGCGCAUCUCAACCAGAUCUUCAUACAGCCUCUUACGAUCCUCGCCUGGCUGCGCUUCCCACCUGUUCUGUUGUCAGUGUACUAUGCCAGCAUCACCUUUGGAUCUCUGUACAUCCUCAACAUCUCCGUCCAAUCUACAUUCUCGGCGCAGCCCUACGGGUACUCGACGCUCAUCGUUGGACUGCUGUACAUUCCUAACAGUGCCGGUUAUCUGCUGGCGAGUCUUUUUGGUGGCCGCUGGAUCGACAACAUCAUGCACCGCGAGGCACGAAAGGCAGGCAGGUACGACGAGAAGGGUAGGCUGAUACUCAGGCCAGAAGACCGCAUGCAAGAGAAUGCGUGGAUAGCGGCAAUACUAUGGCCUGGCGCAUUGAUCUGGUAUGGCUGGACCGCAGAGAAGGGAGUGCUGUGGAUCUGUCCGAUGAUUGCCAACUUCUUCUUCGGUGUCGGCUCGAUGCUGAUCUUCUCGCUCGUUUCCACGAUGCUCACCGAGUUCAUGCCCAAGCGCGCGGCUUCCGGCAUUGCGCUGAACAACUUUCUGCGCAACAUCUGCUCCUUCACUGGCGCCAUGGUCGCAGAACCUAUACUGCGAGCUAUCGGUAACGGCUGGCUCAUGACGAUUCUGGGGCUGUGGAGCAUCAUAACAGGCUACAUGGCGCUGGGUGCGAUGAGAAAGUGGGGCGCGCAAUGGCGAGUGAAGAUGGUUGAGGAGCUCGGUUGAGCGUUUGCUCUUUCUCCUUUGAUCAGCCAUGCGCACCUUAUUGCAGCCUUUGCAACAACACAACAUCGUCAGUGCCUUGAUAUUGCAAUCGAGUCUCGCCAUGCCGUUCUGUGAUCGCGAGUGGGAGGACUUCCAGCGUGACUGCGAUUUCUUUCCCGCAUACACCGACUACAUAUUCGGUGUCGACACACGACCGGAGGUCGCAGAGCAGCCAGGCCUGC